GAAAUACUCCUUCACGACUGGAUGUGCCAUUGUUGAAGGAGGUAUCGCCCUAGCAUCCGCUGGAGAAUUGCAGGAAUACUGUUCCAACCCACCACUCACUACUAAGCUGCACGGGGAUGGCCGUGUCUCCGUUGCUUUCAGUAGCGAUUACUGUCCUUCCCGUGUGCUUCUUGAAGCUAUCGAAGAUGUCAUGACACAUCCCGAUUUUAAGGCCAAGGAGUGUCCAUAUGACUGUUGGGGUAAUGGUGCGUGCGAUCCCUUCAGCGGGCGUUGCUCGUGUAAUUCUCGCUGGAUUGGUUCGUACUGCGAACGUAUUAUUGGUGACUUCCGAAUCCCAGAGCACAACAAGACUUGGUACAAGCCCAAGGCUGGCAUCACCUGGCAGUGGCAGUUACAGGAUGAGAUAGAUCAAAGUUUCGAUGUAGACCUAUACGAUGUGGACGUGGACACAUCUGCAACAGUUAUCAGCCAGCUUCACGACGCAGGCCGUAAGGUGAUGUGCUAUUUCAGUGCUGGCAGUUGGGAGGAAUUCCGUAUGGAUGAGGCUAAACUAGCUCAAUCCAUCCGUGGAGGGCCAUUAGACUUUGGAGAAGGUGACGUGUUCACCGAUGAGGCCUGGUUGGAUCUCCGUCGUAUGGACAUGUUCUUGGAGGUGAUGCUUGAGCGUAUUGAUCUUGCGCGCGACAAAGGCUGUGACGCGAUUGAGUACGAUAAUUUGGAUAUGAUCAUCCACGAUCACAAUAUCCCCGGAGCCGAAUUCGACCUAAAAAUCCAAUUGCAGUUCAAUAUCUGGCUGGCUGAACAAGCACACGCAAGGGGCAUGGCCGUUGCGUUGAAGAACUCCAAUGAAUUCAACAUGUUCUUGGCUGACACUUUCGACAUGGUGGUGAACGAGGAGUGCUGGAUUAACGGCAACUGCGAUCACUACUGGCCAUUCAUCAACCGAGACAAGCCCGUCCUCAAUUGCGAGUAUUUUACCUCGCUGUGUAUGUACUGCGACCGCGCCGCGAAGAUGAACUUCAGUACCAUCAAGAAGAAUCCUCCUCUAGAUGCCUGCCUGGCAACAUGUUCUCAGGAGUACGACACAUCUCGAUGCGAGGGUGUCAACUUCCCUGACGCAAGCGGCAGUUAUGCCGCGGCCAAGUACCCCAACCUGGCCAAUGGUUGGUGCCCUAUGACGACCAACGUCGACGCUGUAGAGUGCGAGAACCCCCGUUUCAAAACAUGCGAUCCUGCAAUCGGCUACUAAAUCCCGUAUGAUAGUGUAUAUAUUGUUGUCGAGAGAAACAUGAAUAUACACAUCUCCUGGAAAAUAUCAUAUUCAUUGUGGGCAAUAUAAUGUUCAUCCUUACCCCUAUCCUUAAACACAUAGAUAAUCAUCGGAAUUGAAGUCAAAGUCACACCAGCUAGAACCAUUUCAGAGCUGAUGAUAAUACCUAAUCAAAUAAGAAUAAACGUGUAAGAAAAUAAGGAGUUCGUUAGUCAUUUCCAAAAAUAGAAGCUUUAACAAUUGUCUCAAGAACAAACCG